AUGUCAUCGACGGUAGACUUGGAGCUGAAGAAGGCGUUCCAGGAGUUGCAGGUGCAGGUGAUCGAGACCAGGGGUCGGGUGCGACAAAUGGACCAACAGAUGGACACUCUGAAGAGGUCGUGUCAACACUCGCGGAUCACUUUAGGACAGCUGAAGGAAAUGCCGGAACAAACGCCUCUCUAUGAGUCGAUCGGCCGUAUGUUUGUCCGCAGAGACAAGCAGUCCAUCCAUCAGCUCUUGGAGGACAAGAUCGCCACCAAUGAAGACAAAUGCAAACAAUUGUCUCAAAGCAAGACUUACAACGAGAGCAAAGUGAAGGAAUCGGAGAACAAUCUUCGGGAACUCAUCAACAGUAAGAAACUUCACCAAUGA